AUGUAUAACCAAGUUGUUUCAGCUGCAAAGAAGCCUGAACUUUUUAUGGGUUGCCCUUUGUAUCCUGGCGAAGAUGGGUUUUGUGAUGGACCUUGUACGAUUGAGUUGGCACCACACAAUACUAACCACACUUGGGUUGGUCUUGAAUCGAAUCCUAACCAGGAGAACAUGGGUGCUUUCUACUCAGCAGGGUUUGACCCAUGUUUUUAUUCACACCAUGCAAAUAUUGAUCGAAUUUGGGAUAUUUGGAGAGAUAUUCAUGAUAUGCAAUUGCCAAUAAACGACACCGUUUGGCUCGAUUCACAUUUUUACUUCUACGAUGAGAAUCUUCAACUAAUCAAGAUGAAAGUCUCUGAUGUUUUGAAUACUACAAAAAUGGGAUAUAUUUACGAGAAGACUGAUCUUACUUGGUUAGACAAGCGACCUAAGUCCUUUGUUUCGCCACAAAUAGCGAAACAUACAUUGAAAAUUCGAGAGAAUUACUAUAAGGAAACUUCAAGGCUAUAUUUGUUGAGCAAUGACAUAAAGGGUCGAAGUCUUGAAAACCCAAUGACAAUAAAGGUUUAUAGGCCAAAACCUUAUCGAAUUAAGGAUGAGAUGAAAGAAGAAGAGGAAGUUCUUGUGGUUUAUGGAGUCAUAAUUAAUAGGGAUGUGAAAGUGAAAUUUGAUGUGUAUGUGAAUUUAGUAAAUGAGACAAAUGUGGGGCCAAGUUAUAGAGAAUUUGCUGGAACUUUUGUUGGUUUACCUCAAAUGGGGAUGAAGAGUAGUAGUAGGACAAUAAAUAGAAAGUCUAGUAUAAAAUUAGGAAUAUCAGAAUUGUUGAAUGAUUUGGAGGCAGAUAGAGAUGAAAGUAUUUGGGUGACAAUUUUGCCUAGAACUACUUCAUGUGUUGAUGCUACAUUCGAUGGAGUUCGAAUUGAGUACAUGAAAUAG